AUGAUGAGAAAGCCCUGGCAAACCAAAAAGGAGACUCAGCGGACAAUCACCCCACAGAGAACAGUCCAGAGGAGCCAGCAGAGCCUGUUCCCCCCAGCCCAGGACGCUGGAGUCAGGAUCUGCUUAGUGGAAUGGACAGAGUUGGAUGUAGAGUUUCAAGAGAACUCUCCACCAUAUUUGAAUUUUCUGUUUGAUGUCUUUAGUAAGCCAAACCCAGUGAAGACCAGCGGCACUCUGGAUCUCCUGGCAAAUGAUGUCAUUAUAAGAGGCACAGAGGCACACAGCCUCAGCAUGCAGCGAGAGGAGGAGAAGCAGACAGACAAGACAGCCAAAGAAACACAAAGUGAAGAGGACAAUGCGGAUCCCUGGAGCUCGCGUGUGACAACAGUGACAACCGUAGUCACUAAAUCAAGCUCGGCUGAUCCAUUUGAUCCAUAUCCGAUAGGGACCACAUCCCCUAACAGCUCCUCUGACCUGCGCCAGCCCCUCUCUGAUAGUUCCAUCAACAGUAUGGGCAGUAAUGCCUUGCGGUCCCUUGCAGAUGAUAUCAUCCCUUUCAACACUGACAAAACAAGCAUCAGCACUCGGCGGUCAUGGGAAACCAGCAAAGCCCAGGAGUUGAACACAGAGGAGAGCCAAGAAGCGCAACCAGAAGCAGAAGGCCAAGCUGAAGAUCAACAGACGGUCAUCAUGUUUGAGAGGAAGUCCCUUGAGAAUGACUCUCCGUGGGACCGAUGGACAUCACCGACUGUCUAUACCAUCCCCACAGAAGAGGAGGAGGAGGAGGAAGAAGAAGAAGAAGAGAAGCAAGAGGAGGAGGAGCAGGGAAGCACUGAGGAUACACAGACGGUCACAACCAUCACUACCAUCAGGGAGAUACGCAGUGAGCCUGAGCCCUCCAUGGAUCGUUUCAAUACCUAUUCCAGGACCAUAAGAGAAGAGGAGCAGAGAGUCAAAACCCCAGAACCUGAAACCAAAAAGGCGUUUGUGUUUGUGAAGGAGUAUGUCAAUGCAACUGAGACGUCCUUGCAGAACCCCAGAGACACGCUCAAUAGGUCAGAUUACCUGACUUCAAGCUCCACCAGCUAUUCUUACAGCAGCCCAUCUCUUUACUCCAGCUACUCCAGGAUCCCACUGUCAUCUACCUGUACAUACUGCGGAGAGCAGGUGGGAAAUGAUGCCAAGAUUACCAUUGAGCACCUCAACAUCAACUGCCAUCCUUCCUGCUUCAAGUGUGAUGUGUGUAAGAAACCCAUGGGAGACCUUCUCCACAGUAUGUUCCUGCACGGCGGGAAAGUCCACUGCGAGACCUGCUACAGGGCCAUCUGAUCAUCAAGAGCUUCGCAGACCUCCUCUCUCUCCUUUCUGUCAUGUUAAUUCGCACACAAAGCGAGAACUGCUCUUUUUUUCAAAGUUUGCACUGCAUUUGUUUGAACUCACGAUUAAUGUAGCUUAAAGUGACCGGCGAGUAUGAUUUCUUAAACUUGAUAAUGACAUAUUUUAAAACCUUGCGUUGUGUUUUGAUGGUGGUGAAAGCUUUAUCUGCCUCGGUUUACUAUGAAGGAUACGUCUGUCCAACAUCACACACUGAUGUGACCAGACUAAUACUGGUGAGAGGGAUACAAGAAUUUAGCAACAAGAGGAAAUAAAAAAAAGAACUUGGUUACAAAAUGUUUACUUAAUUUUUGCUCUUCUUGAUACAAAAUAGUGUUUGCAUGUAUGAUGCUUUGUUAGCAAAAUAAAACAAUUUCUAUAAUCCUGGUGUAAACAUGUCAUAUAAAAGUAGUUUGCUACCAGAUGCAUGAAUCUCAAGAGUGUUUCAGAAAAGAAUGAUUGGUAGUUAUUGCACACGGUGAUAUUCUAACAUAAAAAUUCAGCGUUUUUCCAAGCUGAGCUGAUCCUGAGAACUCUGGUAACAUCCCAAUGCGAGGUUGUACUAAAUUUACAUUUGCACCUCUCCUCUGCUUGGCAAAAUAAUAUUUUCCUUGCAUAGUCACAAUAGCUUU